CUAACGAUCCGCAGGAAGUCCUCAUUUCCAGGAGAAUCGGUGGCCAUUAAGAUCAUAGACAAAGCAAAGCUAAACAAAGAAGGUCUGCAACAAUUGGGAAUUGAGAUCCGAUUAUGGUCUCGACUCUCGGAACACGAGCACCAAAAUGUGGUCAAAUUGUAUCAAGUGAUCGAUACGCGCACCAAACUAUACCUCGUUAUGGAAUAUUGCGGUCAAGACGUGUGCGAUCUCUACGAUCACAUCCAGAGACGAAAUCACGGAAACGGUUUAAAAGAGAGCGAAGCGAAGCAUAUUUUUCGUCAGAUUUGUUGUGCGAUCUCUUACUGUCAUUCCCUUCAGAUCGUUCACAGAGACCUGAAGCCAGAAAACAUACUAAUCAUAGCCCAGCCAUUAGAACAACUCAAUCCAAGAAUCAAAUACCCUUUGGUUAAACUCAUAGACUUUGGAUUUUCCAACCAAUGGGCCGAAGGAGAGAUGAUGAGGACUUCCUGCGGAUCGUUAGCCUAUUCCGCACCAGAAAUACUCUUAGGCGACCACUACAACGGCCCUAAAGUAGACAUUUGGGGUUUGGGUUGCAUUUUGUAUAUACUAUUGUAUGGAAACAACCCAUUCAUGCAAAUCAACGACAGCGAGACUUUGUGCAGGAUACUGGACUGCACUUUCUCGACGCCUCCGCGGCCAUCAAUAACUGAAUCUGCAAUAGAACUCAUCAAAGCUCUGCUCAAACGGGAACCCAAUAAUCGACUCAAAAUUGAAGAAAUAAUCACUCAUUUGUGGCUUCAAGAGUGCGAAGAUCUUAGUUUCGAAGACAUCACGUGUUCGUCGAAACUGCCAUCCGUUCCGAAGAAUGUGAAGCAUUCGGUUCACAAUCGAGUGAUCGACCAAAUGGUGACCAAAGGUGUGGGCGAUUCCAAAGAGCACAUCGAAAAAGUGUUGGAAAGUGUGCUCUCGGAUGAGCCGCACAACAACGCCGGCGCCAAGUCUUCGUCGCCGACCCCUACUGUGACCCCAAUUAACGGCGACUCAGCAGUGAAUGGAGAGCGGACUCAAAGCGGUGUUAAUCACGAGCACUAUAUUAAGGCCACGUAUCAGUUGUUGAAAGACAAGUCGAUGCGUGAGUUUCACGGUUUGCAUCAAAGCAACAGUUCAGUGAAUCCCAACAUUUCGGGACAUUUGCCAAAACGAUUACUUCCACUCAAACCCAGAAAACAUUUGAUUCAACAGAUCUCCAGAAAUACGCAACCAUUUCAAGAGGAAGAACAAGAAGAGGACAAUCCGAUAAUGUUUACGGCACCGGCACAGCUCGAGUUGCCCAACGAUGACGGCACUGGUCUUGUUCUCCCACUUCAGCGCAAGUGUUCAAUAGUGAGCGAAGAGGGCAGUUGUGCGGCAGAGGGCGGCUCUGAACUGUCCAGUCUUGAAGGACCAAUCGGUGAGCGUUGGAUUUACGACGAACUCCGACCCAUUCAUCCGAUCGUCAAUAUAGUGGUCACCGACUAUUCAGAAUCUGAAGACACACUCCCAGAAGCGGACGAAACGCUUCAUUCCAAUGACUAUGAUAUGAGUGAAUCCGAUUUGGGACCAACCGAUGAGCCAUCCCUUAACCCGAACCCCAACACAACAGUUAUGGUGACGACCGGACCGACACUGCAUUCGGCGUCCAGUUCUCCAGAACUGCUUCGUAACGCAGAGAUGGAAGAGAUGUCUGAAAGUGAUUACGAGAACUGUAUGUCUCAGUCGAGUCGUGUCAGACCGACGGCAAUGAUCUUAUCUAAUGAGACAAAACAUGACAAACAAAGCGAUCAUUUGAUCAGUCAUUUCGGAACAAACGUUAGUACAAACAACACAUCCAUUAAUAACUCGAGCUCUCCUUCGAUGAGAAUUAUAGUUCAGUCCAAAUCUUGUAAUAAUAUUCUGUUCAAUGAAAACGAGUCGUCAAACUCUGUCACCAAUAAGAGCGACAUUAAGAGCUCAGACAGUGUUUGCAUGAAAAGGCAUAAAACAGACCGAACCGACUGUUGUAUUAUCUGUUAA